AUGCGCCCCCCGGGCCCUCCUGCCGCGCGGCUCGCGCUGCUGGCCGCGUUGCUGGCCGCGCCCCCAGCGGCCGUCGGGGAGGACCCGCUCCUGGUGCGCGUGGACGCGGCCCGCACGCUGCGCCCCCUGCGGGCCUUCUGGAGAAGUACAGGCUUCUGCCCCCCUCUGCCGCACGACCAGGCUGACCAGUAUGACCUCAGUUGGGACCAGCAACUCAACCUGGCCUACGUGGGUGCUGUCCCUCACGGGGGCAUCGAGCAGGUCCGGACCCACUGGCUGCUGGAUCUUGUCACGGCCAGGGGGACGGCUGCCUGGGGCCUGGGCUACAACUUCACCAACCUGGACAGGUAUCUGGACCUUCUCAGGGAGAACCAGCUCCUUCCAGGCUUUGAGCUGAUGGGCAGUCCAUCGGGACGUUUCACUGACUUCGAGGAUAAGCAGCAGGUGUUCGAGUGGCGGAACCUCGUCUUGCUCCUGGCCAGGAGAUACAUUGAUAGAUACGGGCUGGAGCACGUGUCCAAGUGGAACUUCGAAACGUGGAAUGAGCCAGAUCACCACGACUUCGACAACGUGUCCAUGACGAUGCAAGGAUUCCUGAACUACUACGAUGCCUGCUCCGAGGGUCUGCGAGAGGCCAGCCCAGCCCUGCGACUGGGUGGUCCCGGAGACUCCUUCCGCCCCCCGCCGCGCUCCCCACUGUGCUGGGGCCUCCUGGAACAUUGCUACAAUGGCACAAACUUCUUCACCGGGGAGGUGGGCGUGCGCCUGGACUACAUCGCCCUCCACAAGAAGGGCGCCGGGAGCUCAAUCUUCAUCCUGGAGCAGGAGCAGGAGACCGUGCGGCUGAUCCAGAGCCUCUUCCCCAAGUUCACCGACACCCUGAUCUACAACGACGAGGCCGACCCACUCGUGGGCUGGUCCCUGCCGCAGCCUUGGAGGACCGACGUGACCUACGCCGCCAUGGUUGUAAAGGUCAUCGCGCAGCACCAGAACCUGCUAGUGGCCAACAGCAGCGCCUCCAUCCGCUAUGCGCUCCUGAGCAACGACAAUGCCUUCCUGAGCUACCACCCGCACCCCUUCGCCCAGCGCACACUCACCGCCCGCUUCCAGGUCAACAACACGCGCCCGCCCCACGUGCAGCUGUUACGCAAGCCGGUGCUCACGGCUAUGGGGCUGCUGGCCCUGCUUGAUGGUGAGCAGCUCUGGGCGCAGGUAUCUCAGGCCGGCGCAGUGCUGGACAGCAACCACACGGUGGGGGUCCUGGCCAGCGCCCACAAACCCUCUGGGCCCAACGAUGCCUGGCGCGCCUCAGUGCUGGUUUACGCGAGUGACGACACCCGUGCGCACGCCAACCGCAGCGCCGCCUUGACCCUGCACGUGCAUGGGGUGCCCCCAGCCCCCGGGCUAGUCUACGUGACGCUGUACCUGGACAACCGGCUGAGCAAUCCUCACAGCGAGUGGCAGCGCCUGGGCCGGCCCGUCUUCCCCUCUGCCCAGCAGUUCCGGCGCAUGCGUGCAGCCGAGGACCCAGUGGCUUCAGCCCCGCGACCCUUCCCCGCUGGUGGCCGCCUGACAUUGCGCCCGGAGCUGCCGCUGCCCUCCCUGCUGCUGCUGCACGUGUGCGCUCGCCCAGAGAAGCCUCCGGACCAGGUGAUCCGGCUUCGGGUGCUGCCCCUGACCCGUGGGCAGGUUCUUCUGGUCUGGUCGGAUGAGCGCAUGGGCUCCAAGUGCCUGUGGACAUAUGAGGUCCAGUUCUCCGAGGAGCGGGGUGAUGGGUUCACUGCUGUGGGGAGGAAGGCAUCGACCUUUAACCUCUUCGUGUUCAGCCCAGACACGGCAGUCGUCUCUGGCUCCUACCGGGUCCGAGCUGUGGACUACUGGGCCCGACCAGGCCCUUUCUCCGAUCCUGUGCGGUACCAUGAGGUCCCUGUCUCAUGAGGGCCACACCAGGCAACACCGUGAGCCUGAACUGCCUGUUGCAUCUCAGGGCCGGUCAGGAGUCGAGAUGGGCCGGGUGACUUGCUGUCAGCUCCGUUUGUCCCCUCCGGCCCCUGACCCUUAAAGUGCCUUUUCCCGA